GCACUGCGAACGCGUUUUAUUCACGCGCCUCAAUGUUUUUGUAUUCCCAUAAACACAUAUCUUUUUACAUCGUCAAUCUCCUUCCUUCUUAUUUUCUCGUUUAGUUUUUCUCUUUUGGAUAUUCUUGAUUGUUGUCUGUUCUACGAAAAUAAUUUUAUCCGAGUUACGCGAAAAAAGUUUGUCAACUGUUGCCGGUUUUUUUAUAUAAUGCGUCUCGACAUUGGGACUCUAGUGGCCAAAAGUAAUUAAAAAGUGAAUCUUUUCUAAGACUCUAUGGGAACAAAUUAGUGUCAACGUGUAUUAAGACAAUGGCGACGUGACUGAUUAAAGAAGCGGAAGCGGGUGUCUAAGAAGCCAUGAAUGCCAGCGGAAAUGCUGUAUCGCAGGAGGGUGGAAAUAGUGGUGACUUUGGAAGUAGUGAAGAAACAGCAGCGUUGCUCAGUCGAGCCCCUCCUCCAGUUGUAGUUUCUUCAGGAUCUCAGGGUAAACCAGUCUUAACACGUCAAGACAGAGCAACUUUUUUAGUUGCAUCACCCCAACUUUCUGCAUCCGGUCUUGGUGGUUCUGAAGAAAGUGCAACCAAUGAAGACCCAUCAACAAGAUCCGUUCCAGAUAUUGAGUUGCACUGCAGACUCGAUGGCGAGCCACAACAUCAACAACAAUCUCACCAUCCAACUACUACUCUUUAUCGCUCCAGGCAACCAUCCCAUCAACAUAACCGAUGUCGAUGCGAUAGACGUGAUUCCCUUGCGCCUUCUUCUGCGCUUCAUCUGGCACGAAGUGUAUCAAGGGAAAGUGUGAGAAGUGGCCAUCACUGUUGUCCAUGUCAAGCACCACCACCUCCAGUACUUGUAACAACAUCACCAAGUACUCGAAUAAUAAGACAAAGUUCACAACCAGAAGGAACUGCAUGUUGUUGUUCUGGAUGUUGCUGUCCUGUACAUGCUGGAACAGCCCCUAGCGCCUCUCUACGUCAACUCCGGGAACCAGGUGAUGGUAUUGCUGGAAUUGCGGCGGAUUCCCUCAGGAUCAAUGGAGGAAUUCGACAAUUUCGACAGUUUCCGUGGUGGUGGUGCAAAUCGUCGGUGACGACGACAGCAACAACGCCUCCACCAUUGAUGGCGAGUUUCAACGCUGCUUCGGCAUCUGGUUCUGGUGGUGCCGGGGGUACACAGGGCGUCGUUCUCUGCCCGCGCACUCUGUCGCAAGCUCGUCGUUCCAGACUAAGGAGAGCCAUCACCGAAGCUACUUCCGAGACCGUUAGCUACGUCAAGACGGUGGGGACUUAUUACUCAAGCAAAAUUUAUUAG